AUGCAGUUUCUCACGUGGAUUCGAUGCUACUCUGUGGAAGUGGACCUCUGCACAGGCGAUAGGUGUGUUGUAAAGGUCGCCGAGGAUACGCAGUCACAGGAGUCGUCGUUCAUUGAGGUGUACGUGGAACAUACCGCCACUGUCACGCAAUGGGUACAUAACCCUGAGGAAGCGGAACAGGACGCUACGGUCCUUACUGCCGGUGGUGAGAUGUGGUGUGAUCGCCUGUUCGCGAACUAUGACCAUGGAGGUAAGCAAGUUGGCUUGUGCCGAGCCACGUAUUAUAUGAUUGUACUCGCUACAGCUGACUUUACUUGUGCUUAUUGAUC